ACUGACACUUCUAGCUGAUACUUAGCUUAUCGAGUACUAGUGACAGUCACUUGGUAUCGAACUGCGGGGGUUUUAUAAUCAACUGGUGUUGAACACUAUGAUUCGUUCUCGAGAUUGUGACGUGUAUAGAAUAAUAUUUCUUUAGUGCCAGAAAAUAUAUAAAAUAGCUUUACUUUAUAGACUUUAGCUUCAUUAUUAUCGACGACAGUUAACACUAAAGAUAUUUUUUUUUCAUUUCUGGAUCUUUUUCGUAUUGUAAACGCUUGAAAAAAGAAAGAGUUUGGACUUUGUUUCGGAAUAUUAUUACGAUAUCAAUAUAUUUUAUUUUUAUAUUAUAGUGUAGUGAUUUUUUUCUUUAUAAAAAUGCAGUCGACGACGUUCGCAUUUCUUGCUGUAUCAGUGUGUGUAUACAUAUCCUGUACAUUUACAACAGUUUAUGGUAAAUGCUCAGGACGAUGGGCAAUACAUGCUUGCUAUGGAGGGAACGGUAAAAGAUCAGGACCCCCAGAAAUAGACACAGAUUCAAAGCUAAAAGAGAGACAGUACAUUUUACGUCAAUUAUUAUUGUCGGAUAAAAUACCACAAAAUUUAGCAUCAGAUUCGCAAUUUGACAGUGUACCUGUGUUAGAGGACGUAGACAGUUUAUAUCCCGACGUCCCCGCAUCAUUCAAUAGAGAUCAAGAUAUAGAAAAAGUUAAAACAUUGCUUGGAGAAUUGUUACUGAGGAAGCGUUACCGAGAAUCAAUGGCGGAUGAAUUUGACUACGGACGCAAGUGAUAAGCACGAGCAUUUCGUUCUACAUCAUUUGCAGCACAUAUAAAGGUGCAUUAAAAUGAACAUUAAAGAACGGCAGAAAAUCCUCUUUUUUUCAUUUUCCGUUUAUCUAUUCUUUGAAGAAAAAAAAACAGAAAUGUUUUCUUAACCUAAAAACAAAACUAUAUUAACGGGAAGCAAGCAAUUUAAAACAAGAAUGUGAUCAUUGUUUAAUAAUUGAAUUGAGUGUUUUUGUGUGAUAUCAAAUAUAAAAUGAAAUUUCUUUUAAUUCUACAAUUUUGAAACGCUAUAUUCUAAGGAUAUACAUGAACUGCAAUAUGGAAAAUCAUCUUAUACAUGUAUAAAGAUGUUGAUAUACAUGUAUAUAGAUGUUUUUUUAUAUACGUGUAUAAAUAAGAUGUUGGUAUCACACUUACUAUUGAAUCGAAACUGUUAAAUAUGUUAUAAACAUGCUUGAUCCUUGAUUAUCCGGCCUUUUUCCAGAUAAACCAGAAGAAAAAAUAUACGUAAUAAAGUCAUGACCUUUUUAAAUAACAUAAAUAUCAUGAUGCUUUUAUAGAUGCUGGUAUAUUUAAAAGAAUACCUCAAAAAAUAUGUUUAUAGACACAUUUGUAAUUUUUAUUGCAAAAACGUACAAUUUCAAGAAAACUUGUGAAAAAUUAAUUUUAAAAGAGCUGACAUUCAGACAAUAAGACAAUACAUUGGUUAUUUAUUUUCUUUUAUUUCAUAAGAAUAUGUCUUCAAAGAAAUGGCUCUGAUAUCUAUAAUGUACAUGAUUGUUUAUGUUGUCUUAUCAAUAAAACCAUCCGUCUGAAUGACGCGCGUUGAUGAGAAUGACUUUACAAGAAAACAUGGACAAGUUCUAUCCACACAUCCACACCACGAUGUUUGCUUACUCAUUAAAACAAUUCACAUUUGUUUGAACAUCACUGCAAAGAAUAAGAGAUUUCAUGGAUUGUCUCUAUGUAUAAACCCAUCAAAUUGUUAUCUGAUGAGUUUAUAUGAAAAAUCUUAAUGGUAAUAUUUUUUUUAUCUUUGAUUCUUUUUUAUUAUUAUUAAAAAAGAUUUCAUUGAAAUUGCAGUCUUUAAAGCAAUUGCGUCAUUUAUAUUUUAACUCUUUUAACUUUUUAAGACAUAUUUAUAAGAGAUGUCAACAAAGCAGCUACGUUUUAAAGAACUAUUUUUAUCUGAUAUGUUUAAAUUUGUUUCUAAACCUCAUUUAGCAAAAAGUGAAAUAAAUAGAUACAAAGAAA